CACAUGUGUGAUUAUGUACAGUGACUGCGUGAGACGUUAUCUCUCGACCUCUAUAGGAUAUAAUAUAAUAUAAAAUAUUUUAAAAAAUAAUCACAGGAGGACGGACGUAUUUGAUAAAGUGAUAGAAUUCUAGUCCAACAACCAUGAUUUUAUUGACAAUAAUCUUAAUAAUAUUGUUAAUAGUAGUGACAACUAAGAUUUAUCAAAAACUAACUCACGCAAUAUGUAAGUCAAGUGCUCAUAUGGUGGGGAAAGUGGUGAUAGUGACGGGAGCCAACAGCGGAUUGGGCUUUGAAGUAGCUAAGGAUAUGGCGUUUAGAGGAGCGAGGGUAAUACUAGCCUGCAGGAACAUGCCCCUCGCAGCGAUGGCCAAGGAGCUCAUUGUCAAGGAAACAGGGAACACAGACGUCCACUGCCGACAGCUGGACUUGGGGUCGCUUCGUUCUGUUCGCGAGUUCUGUGAAAAUAUAAAUAAGACAGAGAAACGAAUCAACGUUCUGAUCAACAAUGCGGCGUCCGGAGGUCUCGGGAAUUACAUCAGCGAAGACGGCCUGCAAAUAGGAAUGCAAGUGAACUACUACGCCACUUUCCUACUAACUUGUCUUCUAGUACCACUGCUGAAAAAAUCUGCUCCUAGCCGAAUCAUCAAUUUGUCAUCCCUAAUACAUCGAUACGGUGUUCUUGAUUUUGAUAACUUAAACAUGGAGAAAUAUUGGAGUGAUCACCUCGUGUAUGCGAACAGUAAACUGUUUAUGAAUUUAAUGACCUAUGAAUUGAGUAAGCGGUUGCAAGGUACCGGGGUGACGGUUAAUGCGGUGCAUCCAGGCGUAUCGGCCACAAAUAUAUUCAGACAUAUUCCUAAUUAUUACGUUCGAAAGUUAGUUGAAAAGAGUAUAAGCUUUAUGUUUCAAACUCCUUGGGAGGCAUCGCAGACUUGCAUAUACUUAGCGGUGUCCCCGGAGGUGAGGGAGGUGAGCGGGAAGUAUUUCAGUGAUUGUCGACAAAAAAAACCGUCUCAAACAUCUCAGGAUGAAGACGCAGCGAGAAGGCUGUGGAAGGAGUCUGAACGAUUAGUAAAAUUUACGAUGCCUGAUAAUUUGUAGAUCUCUCUGGGUUUAUGUCCCAGGAAUAGAGUUAUUGCUAAAAUUUAAAUUACAUAAGUUGGUGCUAACUGACCUUUGAAAUUAGAGCUCAAAAAUUAUUUAUCUAUAAGACUGAAUCUUUACCUCACAUAUUUUCCGCUGUGUAUGUGUACCUAUUUCCGCUGUGUAUUCAUUUAAAGUAAUAAAUUAAUAUGAGUUGUGUGGUAUGAGAUUCGACGGAUUGAGUUGGUUGUGCUUUUCAUUAGAAAAAAUAUUUCAUUAUAAUUAAAAGAAUAGUAAGAGUAAUAGGAAGAAUAAAUAAAAUUGAAAUCUGAAAAUAAA